CUGAGGCAGGCAGGCAGGCAGCCGGCGGCAGGACGGGCCGCGGCGAGCAGCGAUGAAGAAGCCGGACGGGAAGGUGGUGCUGCUGGGGGACAUGAACGUAGGUAAGACCUCACUGCUGCACCGCUACAUGGAGAGGCGCUUCCAGGAGACAGUCAGCACGGUCGGCGGUGCCUUUUACCUCAAGCAGUGGGGGCCGUACAACAUCUCCAUCUGGGACACGGCAGGACGGGAACAGUUUCAUGGCCUGGGGUCUAUGUAUUGCAGAGGAGCAGCUGCUGUGAUCCUCACGUACGAUGUGAACAGUCUCCAGAGCCUGACAGAGCUGGAGGAAAGAUUCUUGGCUCUGACGGACAGUGCAAGCGCCGACUGCAUUUUUGCUAUUGUUGGCAACAAAGUGGACCUCACCGAUGACUGCGCUUUGCCACCGGAUGAAAACGGACCCGAGAAGCCGGUUGCCAGCUGCGGCUCUAAGGCGCGAAAACAAGUCCGUGUGGAGGACGCAAUUGCACUCUAUAAAAAGAUCCUGAAAUACAAAAUGCUAGAUGAGAAGGAUGUGCCAGCAGCUGAGAAAAUGUGCUUCGAGACCAGUGCAAAAACAGGGUACAAGGUGGACUACCUCUUUGAAACUGUGUUUGAGAUGGUAGUCCCGAUAAUUGUGCGGCAGAAAGCGGAGGGGCCUCCGCAAACUGUGGACAUUAUGGACUACAAGCCGGCAAAAAGGACAAAGUCUGGUUGCUGUGCCUGAAUGAACUGUUUACCUUGACAUAAGAAAAGGGGAAGGAUUGUUCGCUCCAGCAAACUGAGGAGUAACAAGUGCUUUGCAGUUCACCAGGAAAGAAGUCAACAGACUUAAAAUAGUGAAUGUGAAAAAAGCGACCCAAAUCUUCAGACCGUUAAAGGUUUCUGAGAGAUCUGCAUAGGAAAACAGGAACGUGUGUGAAGUUACAGAGGAAGACUUGCCAGUUUCCUUGGGCUCCAAAGACAAAUGGUGUGUCGGUACAAUCGGUAGCAACAAUCAUUUGGAAUGGUUUUGGAUGAGUCUGAUUUUUAACGACUUGCCAUUUCAUGUUGCAUGUAAAUGAUCUGUUUGUGUACUCACAACAGCUUUGACAUGAUUAUCAUCUCUACCCCUGCGAUUCUGACUUUGGAAGAUUGAACAUACGAUUCUUCCUUUCUUUUUUUUAUUCUAAAGGAAAAAAAAAACCCAAAAUCCAGGUAUAAUUUAUAUUUGUAGCUAAUAAAUCAAUCUUUUUAUGUCCAGAUGUGACACUAAGAUUCAGACGCUGAAUGAUUAAAAAUCACUGUGGAUACAGACUGUUCAUUUGGAGGCUUUAUUAAUGUGAAUUUUCUUUCCGUAGUAGGCUUUCGUGUAUUAACAGGCAGCAUCACUGCUCUUGCUUCUCUAAUUGCAAGUUGCAGGAGGAAGAGGUUUUCAUUCUGUCAUUUUUCUAUUGUAGUUCUUUUUAACAUGGAUAACAGAGUUCUUUGGGUGGAAGGAAGCAGUUUUCUGUUUUAUCUGCGUUUUCUAGAGACCUCUUUAUAGUCCCUAUAGGAUACCACAGAGUUGAAUACCUGUAUUCUAUCUCCCUUCAAACUCCUCCUUAGUGGCACCCAGGCAAAGUUGCAUCUUUGAUUUUUAGCAGCUACGCAUGACACUGUCAUCUGCCUGGAGGGAAGUAAGUACUGGCAUUUUCUGAUGUGAAACUGGUUAAUGCAGGAGGAAGGGAAGAGAAAGUGCCUUUUGUGGAGUAGAAGGGUACACAAAGGAGCACUAAUGAGGUAUGGGGUUUCCCUCCUGACUGCAGUAAAAAGGAGGGGCCAAUACUCAAUACAGCUUCUGUAGUUUUCAAGCCCUCUCAGCUACAAUUAAUGCAUGCAGGGAUCCAGGAGCUUGCACUGAGACACUGUAACCAGAGGGGAGAACUUCUAAUAAAAAACAAUUAGAUCAAAAACCCCCACAAGAAAACACCACCAGCUCCCAAACCCUUCCCAAAACCAAUCAAAAAAUCUCAACCCAAAGAUGCAGUUCAUGUGUUCCCAGUCCUGCAAGUUGUUUUGAGAGGACUCACACCUUCCUAUGGAUAAUUCUCUAAAUUUAAAGGGUUGGUUGUUCUUAGGCUUUGUUGUUGUCUUUAUCCCUCCUAAAUCAGAGUGGUUUAGUACAGAGUGAAACAAUUCCUAAUUGAAUAAUGAUUUAGAUUAUUAGUAAGUAUAUUUAAAACAGGUGGGAUUUUUUUUUUUCUGCUGCAGAGUAAUAGCUUUAUUUUCUACUUUAAAGCUUAUGCACAGGAUACUUGUAGUAGGGGAAGAAUGGCUUGAGAGUGAAAUCUCUGUACAUUUAGUCAUAGAAUGGUUUAGAUUGGAAGAGACCUUUUAAAGGUCAUUUAUUUCAACUUCCCAUGCAAUGAGCAGGUAUGUUUUCAACUAGCUCAGGUCGCUCAGAGCUGCCCUCUCCACUCUGACUUUGAAUGUUUCCAGGAGCAUCUACUAUGUCUCUGGGUAACCUGUUCCAGUGUUUCACCACCCUCACUGUAAAAGAUUUCUUCCUUCUGUUUAGUCUGCAUCCACUCCCUUUAGUUUAAAACCAUUACCCCCCUGUCCUAUUGCUCCAGGCCCUACUAAGGGUUGCCAUCCCUGGGGAUGGUGCUGGUUUCCAUGCAGUGACAGGGCCUGCCGCUGACUGCACUGGAGGGCCAUCAGCAUGUGAGCAGUGACCUCCCAGCUUCUCUUCUGGCAGCAAUCUGAUAUCUUCUGUUGCUGGGUCAUGUUUACUGCUUGCUGUUGGCUAAUGUUCUAUUUCCAGCAGCUGUAGACAAGCCCCAUAAAGUAAGGUGUGAGUGAACAAGGCUGAUCAGGUCAAUACACUCUGAGUAAAUAAUGGAUGUCAAAUUAUGUCGUUUUGUUGACUUUGCUCUAUGUGUGCUGAUACGCUGACAUACUGUUACCUACAGAAGGGGAAUAUAGUCUUGUUUACCUUCUCUGGACUCAGCAGUGUGACUUAUUUUCAAACAGGAAAAGUCUAGGAAGCAAACAGCAUGCUCGGAGGCAAAAGAUUUUACGUGGUCAAACCUGGGCAAAAUGGUUGUGAUUUUCACAUCCUAGGCUGGAACACUGUAGUUCAGUAAAAAGACUCUUUUGGUUGGCUGUAGCUCACUACAUAGGAGAAAAAAAUAAAGGUUUAACUUUUUGGAUGUGGCUUCUAGGAUCAUGGAAUUGUGGAAUGGCUUAGGUUGGAAAGGAUCUUUAAUGAUCCUCUAGAGUAACCCUCCUGUCAUGGGCAAGGACGUUCUUCACUAGGUCAGGCUGCCAGACCUUGAACUUUUCCAAGGCUGGAGCAUCCCAGGCUUCUCAGAGCUGUUCCAGUGCCUCACCACCCUCAUUGUAACAAACAUCCUCCUUCUAUGCAACCUAAAUUUACCUUCUGUCAGUUAAAACCACUGCCUCUUGUCUUGUUACUACAGGCCUUAGUAAAAGAUGUCUCUCCAUCUUGCUUAUAAGCCCUCUUUAUAUACUGAAAGGGCACAAUAUAAGCUCCACAGAGCUGCCCCUUCUCCAGGCUGAAAAACCCCAAAUCUGUCAGCUUGUCCUCGUAGAAGAGGAUGUAAACGGGCAACUAAGAGGCAGUUUGAAUAAGUCAGUUCCCCUUCAGGCUGUGCUCUGGCUUAGUUCACCAGAUGAAAUCCUCUGGCUGUUGCAGUAUUCCACAUGUUUGUGUGCACGAGCUCCCUCUCCUUCUCAAACAGCAACGAUGCAGGCUUUAGAGAAACAUGGGUCUGCUUGGCACCUUUCUAGGGUUUUGGGGUUUGUUUGACUGUGCCUGGGCAUUCAAUUGAAGGCUGUGCUGAUACCUACCACCCUGAAUAAACUUGUAGAGUUUAUGUGAGUCAGAGGAAAAUGAAGAGGCAAAGUAUUGGAGGAACACCUAUCUGCCGAAGCUUUACAUGCAAAAUAAUAGCUGCAUAGAAAGAUGAAGCAAAGUAUUAGCCAUGGAAACUCAAGUAGUUUGCUGCUGUUACUGUUAACAUAAUUGGCUUUUUAUAGAUUUGUAUAACCUGCACUUGAUUUCUCUUAAAACACAAUGUGCUGCAUUACCAGAGCUGCAUGCUGUAAAAAUCACAAGUAGUAGCUGUGUGAUCAUCCCAUGACCACUGAUGUCUAGCAAUACCUGGCAGAGGUAAGUUGCUGAUUCUUGGGUGUUUGUUACUGCUAUGUGUAAUUGAAA